CAAACUGCAAACGUCUCACUGCUGAAGUUGCAGAAACUUAAAGCACGCAGACAUGGCACCGGGGAAGAACUUUAGGAGGGAGAAGGCGGACUCGGAUGAGGAAGAUGACGAGCAAGUCACACAAGAAGUAAGGUCCAAACUCGAUGAAGCAAAAGAAGUUCAGAGUCUCAGGAAGAAGCAAAGUGGCAUCAGUGUGGCAGCGUUGCUGGUGGGUGAGAAGCUCCCCUUGGACGCAGAGAUUGAGAACGACCCCUUCAAACUGAAGACUGGCGGAAUUGUGGACAUGAAGAUGGUGAAGGACCGGAAGAGAGGCCUAAAUGAAGACGAGACAGACCUGAACCUUGGCACGUCAUUCUCAGCUGAGACAAACCGACGCGAUGAAGAUGCAGACAUGAUGAAGUACAUCGAGACCGAGCUGAAGAAGAAGAAAGGCCUGGUGGAGUUAGAAGAGCAGAAAAUCAAGGAGAAGAAGGCGGAGGACCUCCUCUACGAGCUCCCGGAGAACAUCAAUGUCUCGUCUGCCAAGAAGACCGAGGAGAUGCUGUCCAAUCAGAUGCUGAGCGGCAUACCGGAGGUGGACCUUGGCAUAGACGCAAAGAUCAAGAACAUCAUUUCCACCGAAGAAGCGAAGGCCAGGCUACUCGCUGAGCAGAGGAACAAGAAGAAGGACAGCGGCACCUCGUUUGUGCCAACGAACAUCGCCGUCAACUACGUUCAGCACAACCGCUUUUACCACGAGGAGAUCAACGCGCCGGCAAAGAGAAACCGCGAGGAGCCCAAACCGCGCCCGCUCCGCGUGGGAGACACCGAGAAGCCCGAGCCUGAAAAAUCGCCGCCCAACCGCAAGAGACCAGCCAAUGAAAAGGCCACCGAUGACUACCAUUACGAGAAGUUCAAGAAGAUGAACCGGCGCUACUGAGGGGUCCCUGCUGCCCGUCUCUAGCGUUUCAUUCUGUACGUUUUGGGACCCCUUAGUCUCGCCAGACGCCUUCUCCACGCUGCUUGACACCGUAGCACCCCAAUAUACUAAAAGUGAUGCGGCGGACCCCCAAAGGUGGUGACGUGCCAGGCGGGGCGAUGCAGGGGGGCUUUGUGUGAUCCGGCCUCGCCUCUGUCUGUCUCUCUGUGAGUGAGAGGAGGAGUAAAGGCUACUGAGGGCGAGGCCGUGCCAUCCUCCGUGCAUGUUGCUGGCGUCUGUUUCUUUUGUAUAAACGUCUCCCUUGUCACCA